AUGAGCCCCGUGAUCUCAGCUCACAGGGACACCUACAGGUGCUACAGCUCACACACCUCCUCCCCGUUCCAUCUCUCACUCCUCAGUGAGCCCGUGGUGCUCCUGGUCUCUGGGACCUUCCCCAAACCCACCCUCUCUGCGGAGCCAGGGCCUGUCAUCCCCCAGGGAAGGUCCCUGACCAUCUCCUGUCAGGGGUCCCCAGGGGCUGAGGAGUACCGUCUGUAUAAAGAGGGAAGCCCAGGACCAUGGAAAAGAGAGAAGCCACUAAAGCCAGGAGACAGGGUGAUGUUCUCCAUCACACACAUGAGAGAUCAUGAUGCUGGGAUAUUUCACUGCUACUAUCUCAACCCUGAUGGCUGGUCAGAGCCCAGUGACCCCCUGGAGCUGGUGACAACAGCAUCCUACAACAAACCCAGCCUCUCCGCACUGCCCGGCCCUGUCGUGACCUCAGGAGGGAACGUGACCCUCCAGUGUGGCUCAGGGCAGGGAUAUCACAGGUUCCUUCUGACUAAGGAAGGAGAUCAGAGACUCUCCUGGUCCCUGGACUCACAGACACAGCCCAGUGGGCAGUCCCAGGCCCUCUUCCCGGUGGGGCCCUUGACCGCAAGCCACAGGUGGAUUUUCAGAUGCUAUGGCUGCUACUACAGGGACAGGCCCCUGGUGUGCUCACACCCCAGUGAAGCCCUAGGGCUCCUGGUCUCAGGUGCAUCGGGAAAGCCCUCCCUCCUGAGCCAGCAGGGCCCCAUCGUGGCCUCUGGACAGAGCCUGACCCUCCAGUGUCGCUCUGAUGUCGGCUAUGACAGAUUCGCUCUGCACAAGGAGGGGGAACGGGACCUCCCCCAGAGCCUUGUCCUGCAGCCCCAGGCUGGGCUCUCUCAGGCCCUCUUCCUCCUGGGCACUGUGAGCAGCUCCCACGGGGGCCGGUACAGAUGCUACGGUGGAUACAACCUGUCCUCUGAGUGGUCGGCCCCCAGUGACCCCCUGGACAUCCUGGUGGCAGGACAGCUGUCUGACACACCCUCCAUCUCAGUGCAGCCAGGCCCCAGGGUGGCCUCAGGAGAGAACGUGACCCUGCUGUGUCAGUCACAGAGCCAGAGGGACACGUUCCUUCUGGCCAAGGAGGGGGCAGCCGAUCCCCACUCUCAUCUGAGAUCAGAGCACCGAGCUCAGCAGUUCCAGGCAGAGUUCUCCAUGAGUCCUGUGACGUCAGCCCAAUGGGGCACCUACAGGUGCUAUAGCUCAAGCAGCACCUCGCCCUACCUGCUGUCAUACCCCAGUAAGCCCCUGGAGCUUCUGGUCUCAGGACUCCCUGGGACUCAAGGCCCCCACCCUCAGGGCCAAUUUCUGCAGGUCAGGAAACAUUGGGUCCUUCUUGCUCAGAAGGAGCACUGA